UUUCUGGAUGGGAAGCUGCUGGACAUCAACAAGGAGUUCCAACCGUACCUGGGCCGAGGCGGGAGGAUCCUAGAGAUCCGCACACCGGACGUGGUGACCAGUGUGAAGAAGGCUGUGCAGACCGUGGGCUACACAGAGGGGGCGCUGCUCGCCCUAGCCAUCAUCAUCAUCCUCUGCUGCAUCCCCGCCAUCCUCAUCGUCAUCAUCACCUACAGGCAGUGAGUAGAAAGAACAGUUCAAAGUUCAAUUGCUUUAUUGGAAGUACAUUUUGUGUCAAAUGGGAAUUGGUCUUGAGGAAUGUGAGUAUGACUAGGGCACAGGGCAGGACAUAUGGAAUAGGGCAUAGGCCACAAGGCACAAGUACUGGUGCAGAUAUAGACAGUAGUGUAGACACAGGGGUUUAUACAGCAAGCUACCUGCUCUCCAGCCCCCAGAGGCUAUCCCUAAUAUCAUUUUAGGAGGAAGCUAGCUUUCGCUCCGCAAUUUACCAUGGAAACGCCUUUGAGAGCCGGCAUAAUCGUUUAUUUAUACAGCAUAAAAGCACAUUAAUUAAUGCAAGAGCAGACAAACACUGCAGACUGAUUGUUGCAGUUUGGGGAGGUUUUUCUCUCCCCGCUCUAAGCCUGCGAACUGAGCUGGGAAGGCUAGACUGACGGCUGUCACAGGUUCAGGGAUGGAUGUUAAACAGAUGAGAAGAGAAUCCUCAGUGUCAUCUUCUUCAGUGUCUCAGGUUCAGGAAAUUGGCUUAACCUAUAGUGAAUUCUUUCACUCUCUUUGUUUUUGUAUUAAGACAAUGAUUAUAAGAACCAUUUUGUCUGUAAUUUGCCCCUCGCUAUUACUAACACCCUUCUAUUUCUUUCUCUCUCUCUCAUUUUCUAUCAACAGAUUCAAAGAGUGAGUAUUAUUACUGUUAUUACUUAUUUCCAUUGCCUUCUAUUUGGAUACAUUCAUUCACAUUCCACUGUUUUCAAAGUAAAUGUUUGGGAUCAGGGAAGUCAAUGAAAUCUUAAACAAAUAAAUUGUGCAUAACCUGUUUUUAUACACUCCCUUAUAUUGCAGUCGGAGGCAAUAAAUAAGAAAUGUGCCGGCAAAAUUGGUUUAUUUGAGUAUAUUAUGGAGACAAUGUGUACCAAGUUAUGUGCAUGUAUAAUGUAGCAGUGUCCUGUUUGAAUAUGCUGAUGCUGUAACUUAACGUAACUUGGUUGACUUUCUCUCCAUGGUACUACUAAAGGAGACAGGCGGAGUGUGCUAAAACUGCUCGGAUCCAAAUGGCCCUCCCUACAGGCAAAUCAGUGGGCGCCGCCACCAACAACCUUUACGAAGAGCUUGGGGACAGUGCCAUGUAAGCGUUAUAAUAUAUCCCAUCAUAUUUCCAUCAUGUGUGUUCUCAGGGCCGGCCCGCCUAUCAGGCAGGAUUAGGUGGCCGCCUAUUGCGGCAGAUUGACGAGGGAGGCAUUUUCCAAAAUAAACUGACCAAGACGCACCUCCAACAACAUACACUGAACAAAAAUAUAAAAGCAACUGAGUUACAGUUCAUAUAAGCAAAUCAGUCAAUAGAAAUAAAUUCAAUAGUCCCUAAUCUAUGGAUUUCACAUGACUGGGAAUACAGAUAUGCAUCUGUUGGUCACAGAUACCUUAAAGAAAAGGUAGGCGUGGAUCAGAAAACCAGUCAGUAUCUGGUGUGACCACCAUUUGCCUCAUGAAGUGCGACACAUAUCCUUUGCAUAGAGUUGAUCAAGCUAUGGAUUGUGGCCUGCGGAAUGUUGUCCCGCUCCUCUUCAAUGGCUGUGCGAAGUUGCUGGAUAUUGGCGGGAACUGGAACACGCUGUCAUACACGUCGAUCCAGAGCAUCCCAAACAUUCUCAAUGGGUGACAUGUCUGAUGAGUAUACAGGCCAUGUAAGAACUGUGAUGUUUUAAGCUUCCAGGAAUUGUGUACAGAUGCUUGCGACAUGGGGCCAUGCAUUAUCAUGCUGAAAUAUGAUGAUGGCGGCGGAUGAAUGGCACGACAAUGGGCCUCAGGAUCUUGUCACGGUAUCACUGUGCAUUCAAAUUGCCAUCAAUAAAAUGCAAUUGUGUUCGUUGUCCGUAGCUUAUGCCUCCCCAUACCAUAACCCCACCGCCACCAUGGGGCACUCUGUUCACAACGUUGACAUCAGCAAACCGCUCGCCCACAUGACCCCAUACACGCUCUCUGCCAUCUGCCCGGUCCAGUUAAAACUGGGAUCCGUGAAGAGCACACUUCUCCAGCGUGCCAGUUGCCAUCGAAGGUGAGCAUUUGCCCACUGAAGUCGGUUACGACGCCGAACUGCAGUCAGGUCAAGACCCUGGUGAGGAUGACGAGCACGCAAAUGAGCUUCCCUGAGACGGUUUCUGACAGUUUGUGCAGAAAUUCUUCAGUUGUGCAAACCGUUUCAUUAGCUGUCCGGGUGGCUGGUCUCAGACCAUCCCGCAGGUGAAGAAGCUGGAUGUCUGCGGUUGUGAGGCCAGUUGGACGUGUUGCCAAAUUCUCUAAAACGACGUUGGAGGCGGCUUAUGGUAGAGAAAUGAACAUUCAAUACUCUGGCAACAGAUCUGGUGGACAUUCCUGCAGUUAGCAUGCCAAUUGCAUGCUCCCUCAAAACUUGUGACAAAACUGCACACUUUUUUGUCCCCAGCACAAGGUGCACCUGUGUAAUGAUCAUGCUGUUUAAUCAGCUUCUUGAUAAUCCACCAACACUUUACAUGUUGCGUUUAUAUUUUUGUUCAGUAUAUAAAACCUCACAUAAGUCUUCCCAAAAACAAUGACAAUUUCUCUCAACCGGUGGCAUAUGUUUAUUUUUAUUUUUAUAUAUAUAUAUAUAUAUAUAUAUAUAUAUAUAUAUAUACAGUACCAGUCAAAAGUAUGGACCCACCUACCCAUUCAAGGGUUUUUCUUAAUUUUUACUAUUUUUCUACAUUGUAGAAUAAUAGUGAAGACAUCAAAACUUAAAUAACACAUAUGGAAUCAUAUAGUAACCAAAAAAUAGAUUAUUCAAAGUAGCCAUCCUUUGCCUUGAUGACAGCUUUGCACACUCUUGGCAUUCUCUCAACCAGCUUCAUGAGGUAGUCACCUGGAAUGCAUUUAAAUUAACAGGUGUGCUUUGUUAAAAGUUAAUUUGUGGAAUAUCUUUCCUUCUUAAUGCGUUUGAGCCAAUCAGUUGUGUUGUGACAAGGUAGGGGGGUAUACAGAAGAUAGCCCUAUUUGGUAAAAGACCAACUCCAUAUUACGACAAGAACAGCUCAAAUAAGCAAAGCGAAACGACAGUCCAUCAUUACUUUAAGACAUGAAGGUUAGUCAAUACGGAACAUUUCAAGAACUUUUAAAGUUUCUUCAAGUGCAGUCGCAAAAACCAUCAAGCGCUAUGAUGAAACUGGCUUUCAUGAGGACCGCCACAGGAAAGGAAGAUCCAGAGUUACCUCUGCUGCAGAGGAUAAAUUCAUUAGAGUUACCAGCCUCAGAAAUUGCAGCCCAAAUAAAUGCUUCACAGAGUUCAAGUAACAGACACAUCUCAACAUCAACUGUUCAGAGGGGACUGUGUGAAUCAGGCCUUCAUGGUUGAAUUGCAAAGCUGCAAAGAAACCACUACUAAAGGACACCAAUAAGAAGAAGAGACCUGCUUGUGCCAAGAAACACGAGCAAUGGACAUUAGACCGGUGGAAAUCUGUCCAAAUUGGAGAUUUUUGGUUCCAACUGCCAUGUCUUUGUGAGACGUAAAGCAUGGAGGAGGAGGUGUUAUGGUGUGGGGGUGCUUUGCUGGUGACACGGUCUGUGAUCGAUUUAGAGUUCAAGGCACACUUAACCAGCACGGCUACUCCAGCAUUCUUUAGCGAUACACCAUCCCAUUUGGUUUUGGCUUAGUGGGACUAUCAUUUGUUUUUCGAAAGGACAAUGACCCAACACACCUCCAGGCUGUGUAAGGGCUAUUUUACCAUGAAUGAGAGUGAUGGAGUGCUGCAUCAGAUGACCUGGCCUCCACAGUCCCCCGACCUCAACCCAAUUGAGAUGGUUUGGGAUGAGUCAGACCGCAGAGUGAAGGAAAAGCAGCCAACAAGUGCUCAGCAUAUGUGAGAACUCCUUCAAGACUGUUGGAAAAGCAUUCCAGGUGAAGCUGGUUGAGAGAAUGCCAAGAGUGUGCAAAGCUGUCAUCAAGGCAAAGCGUGGCUACUUUGAAGAAUCUAAAAUAUAACAUAUUUUGAUCUGUUUAACACUUUCCUGGUUACUACAUGAUUCCAUAUGUGUUAUUUCAUAGUUUUGAUGUCUUCACUAUUAUUCUACACUGUAGAAAAUAGUAAAAAUAAAGAAAAAACCUUGAAUGAGUAGGUGUGUCCAAACUUUUGACUGGUAGUGUAUAUACAGUGGGGAGAACAAGUAUUUGAUACACUGCCAAUUUUGCAGGUUUUCCUACUUACAAAGCAUGUAGAGGUCUGUAAUUUUUAUCAUAGGUACACUUCAACUGUGAGAGACGGAAUCUAAAACAAAAAUACAGAAAAUCACAUUGUAUGAUUUUUAAGUAAUUCAUUUGCAUUUUUUGCAUGACAUAAGUAUUUGAUACAUCAGAAAAGCAGAACUUAAUAUUUGGUACAGAAACCUUUGUUUGCAAUUACAGAGAUCAUACAUUUCCUGUAGGUCUUGACCAGGUUUGCACACACUGCAGCAGGGAUUUUGGCCCACUCCUCCAUACAGACCUUCUCCAGAUCCUUCAGGUUUCGGGGCUGUCGCUGGGCAAUACAGACUUUCAGCUCCCUCCAAAGAUGUUCUAUUGGGUUCAGGUCUGGAGACUGGAAAGGCCACUCCAGGAUCUUGAGAUGCUUCUUACGGAGCCACUCCUUAGUUGCCCUGGCUGUGUGUUUCGGGUCGUUGUCAUGCUGGAAGACCCAGCCACGACCCAUCUUCAAUGCUCUUACUGAGGGAAGGAGGUUGUUGGCCAAGAUCUCGCGAUACAUGGCCCCAUCCAUCCUCCCCUCAACACGGUGCAGUCGUCCUGUCCCAUUUGCAGAAAAGCAUCCCCAAAGAAUGAUGUUUCCACCUCCAUGCUUCACGGUUGGGAUGGUGUUCUUGGGGUUGUACACAUCCUUCUUCUUCCUCCAAACACGGCGAGUGGAGUUUAGACCAAAAAGCUAUAUCUUUGUCUCAUCAGACCACAUGACCUUAUCCCAUUCCUCCUCUGGAUCAUCCAGAUGGUCAUUGGCAAACUUCAGACGGGCCUGGACAUUCGCUGGCUUGAGCAGGGGGACCUUGCGUGCGCUGCAGGAUUUUAAUCCAUGACGGCGUAGUGUGUUACUAAUGGUUUCUUUGAGACUGUGGUCCCAGCUCUCUUCAGGUCAUUGACCAGGUCCUGCCGUGUAGUUCUGGGCUGAUCCCUCACCUUCCUCAUGAUCAUUGAUGCCCCACGAGGUGAGAUCUUGCAUGGAGCCCCAGACCGAGGGUGAUUGACCGUCAUCUUGAACUUCUUCCAUUUUCUAAUAAUUGUGCCAACAGUUGUUGCCUUCUCACCAAGCUGCUUGCCUAUUGUCUUGUAGCCCAUCCCAGCCUUGUGCAGGUCUACAAUUUUAUCCCUGAUGUCCUUACACAGCUCUCUGGUCUUGGCCAUUGUGGAGAGGUUGGAGUCUGUUUGAUUGAGUGUGUGGACAGGUGUCUUUUAUACAGGUAACGAGUUCAAACAGGUGCAGUUAAUACAGGUAAUGAGUGGAGAACAGGAGGGCUUCUUAAAGAAAAACAGGUCUGUGAGAGCCGGAAUUCUUACUGGUUGGUAGGUGAUCAAAUACUUAUGUCAUGCAAUAAAAUGCAAAUUAAUUACUUAAAAAUCAUACAAUGUGAUUUUCUGGAUUUUUGUUUUAGAUUUCGUCUCUCACAGUUGAAGUGUACCUAUGAUAAAAAUUACAGACCUCUACAUGCUUUGUAAGUAGGAAAACCUGCAAAAUCGGCAGUGUAUCAAAUACUUGUUCUCCCCACUGUAUAGGUUGUAUUUUACCCCCUUUUUCUCACCAAUUUCAUGAUAUCCAAUUGCGAUCCAAUUACGAUCUUGUCUCAUCGCUGCAACUCCCCAACGGGCUCGGGAGAGGCAAAGGUCGAGUCAUGCGUCCUCCGAAACAUGACCCGCCAAACCGCGCAUCUUAACACCCGCCCGCUUAACCCGGAAGCCAGCCGCACCAAUGUGUGGCAUAUGGGCUUUUAAAUGAGCGCUGUGAUAAGCUGUGCCUACUUUGUCAAAGGUAGAGGCACAAAAUAUUUUGCUUGUCCAUUCCCAGCGCCGCUCCAAGGUGCUGUUGGUGAGAUGCAUCACUGCUGUGGUCCAUCAACAUUCCGUCAAAAAAUCAUCUAACAUAAAUCAUGUAGCAGAUAUACAGUUGAAGUCGGAAGUUUACAUACACCUUAGCCAAAUACAUUUAAACUCAGUUUUUCACAAUUCCUGACAUUUAAUCCUUGUAAAAAUGCCCUGUCUUAGGUCAGUUAGGAUCACCACUUUAUUUUAAGAAUGUGAAAUGUCAGAAUAAUAAUAGAGAGAAUUAAUUAUUUUAGCUUUUAUUUCUUUCAUCACAUUCCCAGUGGGUCAGAAGUUUACAUACACUAAAUUAGUAUUUGGUAGCAUUGCCUUUAAAUUCUUUAACUUGGGUCAAAUGUUUUGGGUAGCCUUCCACAAGCUUCCCACACUAAGUUGGGUGAAUUUUGGCCCAUUCCUCCUGACAGAGCUGGUGUAACUGAGUCAGGUUUGUAGGCCUCCUUGCUCGCACAUGCUUUUUCAGUUCUGCCCACACAUUUUCAAUAGGAUUGAGGUCAGGGCUUUGUGAUGGCCACUCCAAUAACUUGACUUUGUUGUCCUUAAGCCAUUUUGCCACAUCUUUGGAAGUAUGCUUGGGGUCAUUGUCCAUUUGGAAGAGCCAUUUGCAAAUGGCUGAUGUCUUGAGAUGUUGCUUCAAUAUAUCCACAUAAUUUUCCUUCCUCAUGAUGCCAUCUAUUUUGUGAAGUGCACCAGUCCCUCCUGCAGCAAAGCACCCCCACAGCAUGAUGCUGCCACCCCCGUGCUUCACGGUUGGGAUGGUGUUCUUCGGCUUGCAAGCGUUCCCCUUUUUCCUCCAAACAUAAAGAUGGUCAUUAUGGCCAAACAGUUCUAUUUUUGUUUCAUCAGACCAGAGGACAUUUCUCCAAAAAGUACGAUCUUUGUCCCCAUGUGCAGUUGCAAACCGUAGUCUGGCUUUUUUAUGGCGGUUUUGGAGCAGUGGCUUCUUCCUUGCUGAGCGGCCUUUCAGGUUAUGUCAAUAUAGGAGUCGUUUUACUGUGGAUAUCGAUACCUUUGUACCUGUUUCCUCCAGCAUCUUCACAAAGUCCUUUGCUGUUGUUCUGGGAUUGAUUUGCACUUUUCGCACCAAAGUACGUUCAUCUCUAGGAGACAGAACGCGUCUCCUUCCAGAGCGGUAUGAUGGCUGCGUGGUCCCAUGGUGUUUAUACUUGCGUACUAUUGUUUGUACAGAUGAACGUGGUACCUUCAGGCGUUUGGAAAUUGCUCCCAAGGAUGAACCAGACUUGUGGAGGUCUACAAUGUUUUUUUCUGAGGUCUUGGCUGAUUUCGUCUGAUUUUCCCAUGAUGUCAAGCAAAGAGGCAGUGAGUUUGAAGGUAGGCCUUGAAAUACAUCCACAGGUACACCUCCAAUUGACUCAAAUGAUGUCAAUUAGCCUAUCAGAAGCUUCUAAAGCCAUGACAUCAUUUUCUGGAAUUAUCCAAGCUGUUUAAAGGCAAAGUCAACUUAGUGUAUGUAAACUUCUGACCCACUGGAAUUGUGAUACAGUGAAUUAUAAGUGAAAUAAACUGUCUGUAAACAAUUGUUGGAAAAAUUACUUGUGUCAUGCACAAAGUAGAUGUCCUAACCGACUUGACAAAACUAUAGUUUGUUAAUAAGACAUUUGUGGACUGGUUGAAAAACGACUUUUAAUGUCUCCAACCUAAGUGUAUGUAAACUUCCGACUUCAACUGUAGCCUAUGGUAGAAAGAGUAUGUGGCCUUUGCUGUAGCCUGAAGGCUGGAGAUAAAAUGUGUGCAAUGUAACAAGUGCAAUGGACAAUUCUUACAUCAUGCACGUUUCUUCUAUCAAAUAGCCUAACCUAAAUGGGUCCCAAUCAAAUAAAAAAUGCGCUGACAUGUUAACAAACACCAUAUACAAAACAUUUACAAUCAGGCUACUCACAACUGAUGUCCAGGAGUUUCACCCUAUGGGCUAAAUUGGCAUGAUCAGUGGUUUCAAGUUUGUAUCACAAUAUUUUUGGGGCUACACCCAGGUAAGCACGGACCGACGCCGACAUCUUCUGGACCAGCCUUGAUUUGGUCCAAAAAUAGACGGCUAUAAAUGACAUAUUUUCAACUUUAUUUCAGAACCGAAAAUUAACAGGAUUCAACGUCUAGAAAAUAUGUUUUUUAAACGUCCGGAAUAUAUGUAUUUUCACCUUCGUUCAGAACCUAGAAUUAACCUAACUUCAACGUCUGGAAAAUAUGUAUUCUGUAAUUUUGCUUACUGGGACUACUCUAGAUUUGCGAGUAUAGGAGGGUGGCAUUUUUUUUGCCUCGCCUAUGGCGGCAGAACAGCCAGGACCAGGCCUGUAGUGUUCUUGCAAAUUCUCUUUUGGAUUUAGAAUCGGACCAAUUUCCCUGGCCGUGAUUGGGUUCCCUGGUCAAACAGGCGUUACUGUAGACAUUGUUUUAAGUUUAUCUGGGAGGUUAAAGACAUGCUGCGUUUCAGUGUAAUUCUUCACUGGGGCAAUGGGGCAAAGCUGUUAUCACUGUUCCAUGACUUAGCAGUUUCCUGCCUUCCAGAUACGCUCACUGCCAUUAACAUGAUAUAAUUGAAAUGAAUGUUAAUUUAAGAUAAUUAAAAUAAAUGCAGCCAAUAAUUCAUAUGGGCCGUGGUGAAACAUAAUUCAUUUUAUCGAUAAGGCUGUUGAGUAAGCCAUUGGUCCUGAUCACAUGGAGCACAGGCUGGAUUCUAGGGUUAUUUUAGGUUAUCAGGGUGCUCUGCUGCUCAAGUUGCCCUCAGUGCUCACUUUGUUGUCUUGGGUUGUAGCUUCCUCCUUAUCCAAUCAUAACCAAUGCCAUGCCAGAGCAAAUAGUUUUUGAAAUGGUCAGCCAUCCACCAGAUAAUUAAUUCUGCCAUUACUGUAGUAAGCCUAUAACAUUUAUUUGAUUCACCCUGCUUUUCCUGCUAUACUUAUCUGUCUAUCUUAUUCCCUCAUUUCCCUUACUUGGCCUCCAGACUAAAGUGAGUACUUGUGUUUUAUCGCUAGGUUGUAACUGUGGGGUAAAAUCUGUGAGCUGUGAAAGUUGUGCAGUUGCUCAUUAGAGUAUUAGUUUCCGCUUCGUGUCUGUUGUUGGCUAUUAUUCAUGUAGGAGGCCCUUUAUUGUAUGUAGAUAGUUUCCCAGAGUGAACUAUUCCCUCAGUUACUGUCAAAAACAUAUACUGAACAAAAAUAUAAACGCAACAUGCAACAAUUUCAAAGAGUUUGCAGAGUUCAUGUAAGGAAAUCAGUCAAUUGAAAUAAAUUCAUUAGGCCCUUAUCUAUGGAUUUCACAUGACUGGGCAGGGGAGCCAGGCCCAGCCAAUCAGAAUGCGUUUUUCCCUACAAAAGGGCUUUAUUAUAGACAUAAAUACUCUUCAGCACAUGCCAAUUGCAUGCUCCCUCAAAACUUGAGACAUCUGUGGCAUUGUAUUUUGUGACAAAACUGCACAUUUUAGAGUGGCCUUUUAUUGUCCCCAGCACAAGGUGCACCUGUGUAAUGAUCAUGCUGUUUAAUCAGCUUCUUGAUUUGCCACACCUGUCAGGUGGUUGAUUAUCUUGACAAAGGAUAAAAUGACCAGUAACAGGGAUAUAACCAAAUUUGUGCACCACAUUUGAGAGAAAUAAGCUUUUUGUGCGUAUGAAACAUUUCUGGGAUCUUUUAUUUCAGCUCAUAACACAUGGGACCAACACUUUACAUGUUGCGUUAAUAUUUUUGUUCAGUGUAGAAGGUAGGCCUUCAGUCUGGCAGUUGCAGUCUCAUUUGGCUUUGGAACGUUUUAGGAGUGGAGAUAGGUAGCUAAGCUUAUUUUGUGGCAGUAAGGUGUAAAUGGUAGCCUCAGAUAAACAACAUUUCUCUUUGGAAAUUAGCCCUUAUUUUGUCUAGCUAGAAUCCCAUAGACAACUUUCCUCUUGCAUCCCCUCAUUCUGACUGUCUCAUCACACCUUAUCUCCCUCUUUUAUUUAAAGUAUUUUUAUUUUCUGCCAUCUCCAUGAAAGCAGGAGUAAGCGCUGUGUGCUAGAGGAAGGUGACCGCCAGAGGCUCAUAAGCACAUUUGCCACACGGGCCAUCACUGCCCACAAGCAGUCCAGUGCCAAUGGGAUCCUCCUCAACAAUAUGCCCAAGUCCGAGAGCAACAUCACGUUAUUCUCGGACGAGAACCCCCUAACCACCAAUAACCCCCUGUUCGACGAAGGCACGGGCACACUCAGCAGCCCAGAGACCCUGGGGAAGCACCAGAGGAGGAUGGACCUCCUGGGGAACUACUCCCCUCCUCAGGCCCCUCAAGGCCUGAGAGACUCCUUCCUGAGGUUCAAUUCCGGUGGCUCGGGCCACUCCUGGACCCUACCUUCCAGGCUCCACAGGAAGGAGAUGUAUGAUGCUCUGAGGAGACAGGUGGUGAUGGACCCGGUGCAGUGGGAGCUGGAGAAGCUGAAGACUGAGCUGAAGGACAGUAAGGACAUGUUGGACGGCCUGGACUGGGAAAACCUGGGGCGCAGCACCUACCUGGAGCCUAAGCCCCUGUCGGUGAAGGAGCAGGCCAGGCAGUUUGAGCAGCAGGCCAUGAGGGAGAUGAAGCAGAGGCAGAGCCGGGACUCCCGGGGGUCUCUCUCUCCAGACUUCCUGAUGGGGUUGGGGUUCGACAGCCCGCAGCACCGGGCCAGAGAGGACCGACAGUCUCUGGGCUCCAUCCUGGGUAGCGACAGCCCCCAGCACCACCACCACUCUGUGAGCUCCAUCCUGGGUAGAGAGGACCGCCACCUGGGCCAAGACAGAGAGGGACCACCCUGCAUCAUUAUCACCCAGAGCGAUGGAACUCCACCCCCCAGCCACAAGCCCACUCCACCUGUCCUGCGCAGGUUCAGCUCCAGCUUCUCCAGCUACAACUCAGCCUCCACCGAACCCUACGAGGUCAACCUGGAGGUCAUCCCUGACCCCCCUGACAUGCCCCCUCCACCCCCACCCAACUACCCUCCUUCCCCCUCCACGCCUCCUCCUCCCAACUCUCAUCCGCCCCUCACCCUUAACUAUGGCAAAAACCCUGCCCCACCCCCUCCUCCGCCUCUCCCUCCUCCUCUGUCCCCUUCCCUCAAUCGUCCAUCUACGUUUGUGCUCCCCCCCCUGCCCGCUGUGACCACCCUGAGACCCGUGUCCCUGCGCCCUCCCCCUCCGCCCCUCCCCACCAAUCCCGAGCCCCCCAGGAAGGAGCUGAAGGGAAUCCUGAAGAACAUACAGAACAUCGCUGACAUCGAGAAAUCUGUUGCCAACAUGCACAGUCAAAUAGACAAAAAACAGAUGCUUCCACGGAGCGUCCUGAGGCCACGAGGGUCUGUGGAUUCCAUGGACUCUUUAAAUGGCAUACUAGACACUGCAGAGACAGUAGCCCCCACCACAGCAGAGGUACAGGCAGAGGCUCCGGUUGCAGAACAACCACAGCAGGUGCAGGUCCAGCCAAACGUUAACAUGAACUCUAUAGUAGAAGAGCUGGAGAAACGCUUCCCCUCUCAGUCCACUGCAAUG